AUGGUGCGUCCUUAUCUUAAGAACGUAGAAUCACCAAAAUUGCGCUCGCGUAAUUCGCAAAAGUUGCGAGCAGCGCAUUCGACAAAUGUGGACAGGACAGGCCAUGUCAUGAAAAUAACAAGAACAAGAGCCAUGGCGAAGUUGUGUCUUAUGACCAUUUUGGUCAUAUUAUUGGUGCAACUCAUCACAUUUAACCGCGCAUACAUUUCAUCAGAUGACGCUACAAUCGCCCAUACAUAUACGCCAGCAUGGAGGUACAGGUGUGUACCAGACCAGGGUUGCGAGAGAACGUCACACCCACAACCAGGUGUGGAGAUAACCACCAGGAACAACAGUGGCAUGCUGUUUGCCAGUAUGGACGUCUGCCGGACAGUCUGUGGCAGAUUUGGUGGACUCUGGCCACGACCUGUAACAGCUGCUAUUGGCUUACAAACUGUUAAAAUUCAUCCGAAUUAUUUGAGAUUCGAUUUGCAAAAUGUUCCCGCACCAGUUGUAUCUCUUAUGGCGGAUAUGACAAAGCUGGUUGGCCCCAAUUUGGUGGCAGAAUGUGAUGGUACCGUGACUGAGGUUGUUGAAACGCCUGUGGUGGUCUACCUGACCGUGAGGAGUGCUGACAAGUCUUUAACCCUGAACACCAAUGAGGAAUACAUGCUAGAUGUCCAGUAUAAUAAUAAAGAGGGGCAGGUAUCAGUGCGCAUAACUGCUGAAACAGUAUACGGAGCUCGCCAUGCGCUGGAAACGUUCACACAAUUAGUAGCAUCCAGCAAACCAGACUUCGCAGACGAUCAAACUUGCAGCCUCCUACUCGUCUCUGGUGCUAAAGUCCGAGAUCGUCCAGCAUACAAAUACAGAGGACUCCUAAUUGACAGCAGUAGACAUUUCAUACCCAUGGACAAUUUGAAGAAGACCAUGGAUGGCAUGGCAGCCAAUAAAAUGAACGUGUUCCACUGGCAUGUCACCGACUCGCAUAGCUUUCCUCUUGAGUCUACUAGAGUGCCACAGUUUACCAGAUACGGAGCCUAUUCUUCGGAGGAAAUCUAUUCUGCGGAAGAGGUUCGGGAGCUGAUCCAAUAUGCCCAAGUACGAGGCAUUCGCGUCGUCAUCGAAAUCGACUCGCCCGCACAUGCUGGCAAUGGUUGGCAAUGGGGACCUGAAUAUGGCUUGGGUCAUCUUGCAGUCUGUGUAAACCAAUGGCCGUGGCGAGGGAUAUGUGUGGAGCCUCCCUGUGGACAGUUGAAUCCUGCCAACCCUGAGGUGUACCGCGUGCUAGGCGACCUCUACCGGGACAUCGCUGAUGCUUUACCAACACCUGCUCUACUUCACGUAGGAGGAGAUGAGGUCUACAUUGAAUGCUGGAAUCGGACCGAAGAGAUCAUCAAUUACAUGAGAAACAAGAACUAUGAUCCAACAUCGGAUGGUUUCUUGAAAUUAUGGGCAGAGUUCCAUGAGAAGGCGUUGGCUGCUUGGGACGAGGUGAUGGAAGCAGCGGGAACACCAAAGCAGCCCGUCAUGAUCUGGUCUUCCGACCUGACACAGCCGCAGUGGAUCAACACUCAUCUGAACAAAGAAAGGUAUAUUGUCGAAGUAUGGGAGCCAGUAGGCAGCCAACUGCUACUCAAACUGCUGGGGAUGGGAUACCAAACCGUCUCAGUCCCCAAGGAUAUUUGGUACUUAGACCAUGGUUUCUGGGGAAACACCAAAUAUAGUAAUUGGAGGAAGAUGUAUGCCCACAUGUUGCCCAAGGAUGACAAUAUGCUAGGAGGAGAGGUGGCCAUGUGGACCGAAUAUUUGGAUGAGCAAGCCUUAGACACGCGCGUGUGGCCUCGCGCGGCGGCAGUAGCGGAGAGGUUGUGGUCGGACCCAACAGCAGAUGUGCUAUCGGCUGAAGCUCGCAUGCAGAGACAGCGCACGCGGCUCAUCAAACGCGGCCUGCGCGCUGACGCCAUCUCCCCGGCAUGGUGCUCACAACACGACUCCAGGUGCUUCUGA